CGUAGCACAAAUUGUAGCAUAUUAUAUUAUUUCAGAUUAUUGUGGGAGUCAAUUCUUGUAGGUUCGGUGCCUUAGCCAGCACUGUGCAGCCAUGUAGCUUUUCUCAAGGCCCUAUAUAUACUGAUGCCGCCUUGCUGCAGCCCAAAGCCCCAGCAGGCUGCAUUUGUCCUAUUAUUAUUCAUCUAUGUAAAUACUCUUCGUGCCAGUAAUAAGGUCAAUAAUGUCAAUGCUGUUGGGUAUAGCAAGGCGGCUAUGGCAUAUAGUCCUAAGAGUCGGUGAGAGGGUCAGCAGCGAGCGUUUUCGAGUGGCGGCGCUGCAGUGAGCAGUCGUCCUCUCCUGGCAGCACCGGCCAGCCUGACACUGGUCACUGCCAUGACUGCUGACCGCCGGCCGCACUCCCCCAGCCGCAGUCUCUCAUGGAGUGCCGAAACUGAAAUUCAUCUGUUUGAUGCUAUGACUGGCUAUAAACCGGUUGGGGUGAACAAGCAUUUUCAGAUGCUGAUGAUUCUGGAGCGGUUUUGUUCGCGGGUGCAGCAGGAUGUACCAGCCGCGGCCAUUUGGGAGCGUCUCAACCAGCUCUACGACAUGUCGGCGCUGGACGACCUGGAGGCGCUGCCGUUCCCCAACAGCCAGACAGAGUUCGGCCUGCCCGCCGACGAGUUCGAGACGCUCAUGGCGGCGCGACUGAGGCGCGCUGACCAGACGGCCGAGCAGCACCGCGACGAGCCGCGCCGCCGCCGCGCGCGCGACGACACGGGUAGCAGCUCCACGCGCGAGAAGCGGAGAAGUGACGCCGGCGACUCUGUGCGGAGAGCGCCCAAGAGGGCAGCGCGCGACAGCGCUGGAAAGGCCGCCAGCCCAGCCAGCACUCCGACCGCAAAACGAACGAGGCGCAUUUGAGGCGGACGCGGCGCGGCGGCGCCCUGAUCGAGGACGCCUCUCCAUCUGUGUGUGUAUGUGUGUGUGCGGUGCCGGCUGUGUCCGCCCGUCGGAGACCGUCUGCUCGGUGUGCUGCCGGACAGUGUGUGCUGCCGGACAGUGCUGCCGGUCAGCGUGUGCUGUUGGUCAGUGUGUGCUGUUGGACAGUGUGUGCUGCCGGUCAGUGUGUGCUGUUGGACAGUGUGUGCUGUCGGACAGUGUGUGCUGGCGGUCAGUGUGUGCUGCCGGUAAUUGUGUGCUGCCGGUCAGUGUGUGCUGCCGGACAGUGUACUGCCGGUCAGCGUGUGCUGUCGGUCAGUGUGCUGCCGGUCAGUGCUGUCGGACAGUGUGUGCUGCCGGUAAGUGUGUGCUGCCGGUCAGUGCUGCCGGUAAGUGUGUGCUGUCUGACAGUGUGUGCUGUCUGACUGUGUGUGCUGUCUGACAGUGUGUGCUGUCGGACAGUGUGCUGCCGGUCAGUGUGCUGUUGGUCAGUGUGUGCUGCUGGUCAGUGUGCUGCUGGUCAGUGCUGUCGGACAGUGUGUGCUGCCGGUCAGUGUGCUGUCGGUCAGUGUGUGCUGUCGGACAGUGCUGCCGGUAAUUGUGUGCUGACAGUCAGUGUGUGCUGCCGGUCAGUGUGUGCUGCCGGUCAGUGUGUGCUGCCGGUCAGUGUGUGCUGUCGGUCAGUGUGUGCUGCCGGUCAGUGUGUGCUGCCGGUCAGCAUGUGCUGCCGGUCAGUGUGUGCUGUCGGUCAGUGUGUGCUGUCGGACAGUGUGCUGCCGGUCAGUGUGUGCUGUCGGACAGUGUGCUGCCGGUCAGUGCUGCCGGACAGUGUGAGCUGUCGAACGGUGUGUGCUAUCGAACGGUGUGUGCUAUCGAACGGUGUGUGCCGCCGGACAGUGCUGCCGGACAGUGUGUGCUGCCGGACAGUGUGUGCUGCCGGACAGUGUGUGCUGCCAGUCAGUGUGUGCUGCCGGUCAGUGUGUGCUGCCGGUAAUUGUGUGCUGCCGGUAAUUGUGUGCUGUCGGACAGUGUGCUGUCGGUCAGUGUGCUGCCGGUCAGUGUGCUGUCGGUCAGUGUGCUGUCGGACAGUGUGUGCUGUCGGACAGUGUGUGCUGCCGGACAGUGUGUGCUGCCGGUAAUUGUGUGCUGCCGGUCAGUGUGUGCUGUUGGUCAGUGUGUGCUGUCGGACAGUGUGUGCUGGUGGUCCGCCCGGUCCGGUGGUUGCCAGGUCCGGUGGUUGCCCGGUCCGUGGCCAAUGUAUUGUUUGCGCGGCUGGCUGUUACUCUCCCGCCGCGCUGGUCGGUGGACGCCACUGGAGCGGCCAGCGGGUGUGGUGGCGGUGCGUGCACGCCGCGUGCCGCAUGCAGCAGCGGCUGCGGUCGGGGCGCGUGUGGCGCUGCCCUGUUAGCGGCGGCCCGUGCGCCUCCGAACCGCUCUCCAUUUGUGUCUGUAUUAGAGGAUAGAGCAGUGUCCUGAGAAAUAACGAGGACGUGUCAUCAUGAACACAGUUGAAUGGAAAAUAGACGGGAUCAAUGUCAGUA